AUGGCUCUACAAGCUCCGGCUCCAACUGUACCUCGCACCCUAGCGGACACCCUUCAGCCGCUACCUUACCCAACGUAUGCGUCUCGUUCUCAGACCAUGUCGACAACGGGGUGGACGCGUCGAAAGCGAGGGGAGGCUGGCGAUGCACCGGCGCGGCCGGUCGAACCAGUUUGCUCGCUGCCAGAGUUCUCCAUGCUGGGCAGAGUCAGGACUGGUCUUUUGCAAGGUCUCCAACUACGUUCGAUUCCGAUCAACACCCCCAUCCCACCGACUGUCGCCACCUGGCUCGACAGCCGCAUCAUCAACCCGUCCUUAGGUCGACCCAUCGAAAUCACGUCGGAAGCGAUUGGCCUCGAGUUCUUUGGUGACCUGAUGGACAACGCGGUGGUGCCGAUCGUCUCUAUGCUCUCCGGAGAGACGAUCGGCAUGAAGAGGGUGGACCCUAACCUGACGCAGGGUCAGAAGGGAGAUCGGAAAUACGAGUUUGUGAGGGUGGGACGCGACCCUCAACCGAAUCAACUCCUCAAGGUGGUAUGCGCAGAGGGCAAGACCGCCAAGAAUGUGCGCAGAACGUACGGAACGAAGCGCCGAGUCGGUGGGAAAAUGUGGCCUUCACUUGACGAACCCAUCGAUAUCAGUCUGUUUAAGGCGGCGGGCCUCCCCGAUACGCUGGAGGGUGGCUCGGCGAUGGCGGUCAAGGUACGUAUGCCUGCUGACGGCCGCCGGGUGUGCACCAGUGGACCGAGGCUGGCCGCUGCUUCGCGGGCUCUUCCCACCGACAUCACCUGAAUCCUACGUGUAUCACAUUGUCAGAUGCUGCUGCAGGUGGAGGGAACCAAAGUUGGCAGAUGGGCGAUACUAUGGAGCCCGCCAUACUUUAUGCUGGGCGAACGAUGUAAGCCGAGGAGCGCAAUUUUGAGCAUUCUGGGCGUCAGCGGCCACCCAGCGCUGACAACUUCACACAUUGGUCUUCGUUCACAGUCGUGGAACGCACCGAUGCGUUCUUACUGUGCAGCCCUCUCUGCGCCUUGCACAAUGAUCCUUCUCAAGAGAACAUGUGGCUUGCAAAAGAAUCUAUCAUUGCCCUGCUCGUUGCGAUCGUCUUGUCUGAGGCGUUCCCGGAGGACUACAAAAUCCCCGACCCAGAUAGGGGGACUGUCGCCCACAUCCUCCGGAUCGCGCAACAGGUGAAGCUUCGCAAAUGCGGUCAGCCAAUGGACUAG